GAUCUGGGGAGUGGCUUUACACGGUGUCUAUCUACCUGACUCUCUCUGAGAGCUGGACUUUGACUUGGGAACUUCAGCUUUAAGGAAAUGGGGGAAAACCAAGGACGCCUCUUUGCAAGAUGAGAAGAUAGUGUAGUGGUGUACGGACAACUUCGAGGGACAUUACUUGGAGAUGGCAGGUGAUAUAACCACCCUUUCCUGGAAGGUACCUACACAGGACUGGGAUGGGGGCAUCAAAAGCCCUGACCUGGGUCCUGUUGGAGAAGGUGGCCCAGUGAAGAUCAUCAAAGUAUGCUUCAGUAGCAGCAGCAACCUCAGCAAGAACUUUAAACUGGUCAAAUGUGACAGCUCAUGGAAGAUCAAGACCAUCAUCCAGUCUAUUCUGAAUAGUGGGCGCUUGGGUCCAAAUGUGCAGAACCCAGACUGCUUUGGGCUAAGGCUCAAACACCUUAAAUCUGAGGAGCUCCACUGGUUACACCCAGGCCUGACUGUAGGAGAGGUGGAACAACGCUACGAGAGCCAUCAUGCUGAGGCAGAGUGGAGAUAUGACCUUAGAAUUCGCUACAUACCAACCGAUUACAUGAAGAAGUUAAAAGAAGACAGAACCUUCCUGCUAUAUUUCUAUCAGCAGGUGCGCUGUGAUUACAUGCAGUAUCAUGCUAACAAAGUUAGUGAUGGAAUGGCACUUCAGCUGGGCUGUUUAGAGAUCAGGAGGUUUUAUAAAGACAUGAAUGCAAAAGGUCUAGAGAAAAAGUCAAAUUUUGACUUGCUAGAAAAAGAUGUUGGUCUGGACCUGUUCUUUCCUAAGGGACUUAUUGACAGUAUGAAGCCUAAGCAAUUAAGGAAGCUCAUCCAGCAGACGUUUCAGCAGUAUGCUAUACUUAAAGAAGAUGAGUGUAUGGUUAAGUUCUUCGAGACCUUUGGAGAAUUCUCAAACUUUGACGAAGAAGUCUACCCCUGCGAACUAGUGCAAGGUUGGAGUUUAUCAGUGGAUUUAGUCAUUGGCCCCAGAGGCAUUCGUCAGCGCACAAAAGCAGAUUCUACGUCGGUCUGUCUUGCUGAAUAUAAACACAUCCGAAGUGUCAAGUAUUAUACACAUAGUGAUGGCAGAACACUGGUACUUAUCGAAAUUGAGGGUGCCAAACAGCCUCUCUCUAUCAGUGUGGCCUCUCUGGCCAUUGCAGAGAAUAUGGCUGAUCUGAUUGAUGGUUACUGUCGGCUGAUAAACAACACAGACACAUCUCUGAUAGUUGGACCAAAUACAAGUAAAUCGCAAGGUGUGCAGUUGCGCAAUUCUCUUCCUGAAAUUCCCUCAGGAAAGCAGACAGAAAACUAUAGAUACAGCAACUCUGAUAUAUACUGUGAAAUCCCGGAUGAAAAACCACCACCACCUGUAAAGGUUGGACUCUUGAGGAAAGAAAUAGUCCUGAACCGUAUGCUGGGUGAAGGGUUCUUCGGGGAGGUACAUGAAGGUGUUUACCAGAAAAAGAAUGGGGAGAAAAUCAAUGUUGCAGUGAAGACCUGUAAAGAGUGUGCACCUGAUGUCAGAGAGAAGUUUGUGGGUGAAGCAGUUAUCAUGAAAAACCUGGACCAUCCACACAUAGUGAGACUGAUAGGAGUCAUUGAGGAAUACCCUGUGUGGAUUGUCAUGGAGCUCUGUCAGCAUGGGGAGCUUGGGAAGUACUUGGCAAAAAAUCAGCAGAGUUUGACCAAUGUGACCCUAGUUCUCUUCAGCCUGCAGAUUUGCAAAGCCCUGGUCUACUUGCAGGGAGUGAACAUGGUCCAUCGAGACAUAGCUGUACGAAAUGUGCUUGUUGCCACACCUGAGAGUGUGAAACUGGGUGACUUUGGCCUUUCCAGAUACAUAGAGGAUGAAGAAUAUUACAAAGCAUCUGUUACUCGUUUACCAAUCAAAUGGAUGGCUCCUGAAUCAAUUAACUUUAGACGCUUUACCGCAGCCAGUGAUGUGUGGAUGUAUGCUGUGUGCGUGUGGGAGAUUAUGUGCCGAGGUAAGCAGCCAUUCCACUGGCUGGACAACCGUGAUGUGAUUAACCAACUGGAGCAGGGUAACAGGCUGCCCAAACCUGAGCAGUGCCCUCCUGCCCUGUACUCUCUCAUGACCCGCUGCUGGAGCUAUGACCCCCCAGAGAGACCCACCUUCACUGAACUAGCCUGCAACAUCAGUGAUGUCCACCAAAUGGAAAAGGAGUUGGAGGUGGAGAGAGAGAGAGACAAAGCCCGUAACACCCGCUUCCUUGAGCCCAAGUCUAACUUUAGUGAACCCCCACCAAAGCCUUCAAGAAUCAAUACCACCCGCUUUGGAAAUACUCUUGGUGUCGGCCUACACCUUCAGCUGAAUGAGGCUUUAUGUGCCAGUUCACCAGAACUGGCCAGCCCAUGUGAUUACCAGUCACCUGUCGACUCCACCAACAACUUGACCAUUGCAAAGGCCUCGCCCCGUCGCCUUAGUCUUGGGGAGGGUGAGUUCAGCUUCGGGCCUUCCAGUAAGGAAGACGCCCAGCGACUGUGGCAGGCAGAGAAGGAGCGUAUGCAAGAAACUUUGAUGAUGCAGAAAGAACAGAUGGAGGAGGACACAAAAUGGUUGAAGAAGGAGGAGAAGCUUCUGUACCCAAUGGUGCAUGAGGACACAAAUAUUUCUGAGGCACCUGAACCACCACUUACUUACGCGGAACUCCGUCAGCCACCUGCAAAACCACCCAGAAUUACAGUGCAGCCUACGCCUACAGCAGAGCUGGACCGCUCAGAGGACACUGUGUAUCAGUGUGUUAUGGAUGUGGUGAAAGUGGUGGUACAGCUAAAAAAUGACAUCAACACACUGGCAUAUACUGAGUACAUCUCUGCUGUCAAGAAUGUUGGACUCUCAUUACGAAAUCUAAUCAACAGUGUGGAUGAUAUACUGCCAACUCUGCACAAGUCCUGUAGGACAGAGAUUGAGGGCACACAGAAGCUGAUGAAUAAGGACUUGGCUGAGCUUAUCAGUAAAAUGCGUCUGGCCCAGCAGAACGCCAUCACCUCUCUGAAGGAAGAGUGCAAGAAACAGAUGCUGGCCGCCGCACACACUUUGGCCAUGGAUGCCAAGAACCUGUUAGAUGCUGUAGACCAGGCCCGGGUGCGCUCCAACCUGGCCAAACCCAAACUUGAGGAUGAUGGCUCAACAGAAACAGACUAGAGAAAGUGUUAAGGACUCUGGUCCUAAAGAAAAGACUUGCUGGGACAGACUAUAUAGUCUUUUGGGAUAAGAUGCAAUUGUGAUAACAGAGGAAACAGCUUCACUGUGCAUGCAACUGUUUGUAUUAUUUUGCAGUCAUAUGUUAGGCUCAUCCUUUAAGGUUUGAUCAUUUAAUAGAUCAUGCAUUUUAGUCUGCAACUUUACUUUGUUUCUUUUUCUUCUUCUCUUUACUUAUUAAUGACAUGUUUGUGUAUUGACCAAAAUAUUUGAGAAUCAUAUAACCCAGCAAAUAUGCUUUCUUUAUCAUUUUAUGUUUGCAAAUACCAUUAAAAGAUAACCCAAUUCAGAUGUUACCUGUAAAAUUUGACUUCCACAG